CGUGGCUGACGCAACUGGUGUCCGAUCACCGGUGUAAACAUUGCUGGCAUAUUGCGUGACUUAAAUAUCAUACUUAUGCUUAUCUGACUUGUGAUAAGUAAUCCGAAGACUAUUUAACGAAGUGGGUGUGAAAUUUACUUGAAAUAUUGUGGUACUUUCAGCAUUGUUCGUGGAAUAGUGACCUUGCAGUGGACCCACCAUCAUGGAGAACCAGACCAACAGCAUGAGUCCGGAGGAGAAGCUUGACCUUCUCAAGAGGAAUCUACAGGAAGUUCUUGGGGAGGAUCGCUUGCUGCCAGUGUUGAAGGAAAGGGAUGUGAAGAUCUACUGGGGCACAGCCACAACGGGCAAGCCUCACGUCGGCUACUUCGUGCCCAUGUCCAAGGUGGCCGACUUCCUCAGGGCCGGGGCAGAGGUGACGAUCCUGUUUGCGGACCUGCACGCGUACCUGGACAACAUGAAGGCUCCGUGGGAGCUGCUGCAGGAGCGGGUCAAGUACUACGAGCACAUCAUCAAGUCCAUGCUGCGCUCCAUCGGGGUCCCGCUCGACAAGCUCAAGUUUGUGCGAGGAACAGACUACCAGCUCAGCAAAGAAUACACAUUGGAUGUGUACAAGUUGUCGUCAUUGGUGACAGAACAUGAUGCCAAGAAGGCUGGCGCCGAGGUGGUCAAGCAGGUGGAUCACCCCCUCCUGAGUGGACUGCUGUACCCCGGACUGCAGGCCCUGGAUGAAGAAUACCUGAAGGUUGACAUACAGUUCGGUGGCGUUGAUCAGAGGAAAAUCUUCACAUUUGCAGAAAAGUACCUCCCACACUUGGGCUACAAGAAGAGGAUGCACUUCAUGAACCCCAUGGUUCCCGGUCUAACAGGAUCCAAGAUGAGUUCGUCAGACCCGGAUUCCAAGAUCGACCUGCUAGACUCACCAGCUCAAGUGAAGAAGAAGUUGAAGAAGGCGUUCUGUGAGCCGGGGAACAUCGAGGACAAUGGCCUGCUCUCCUUCUGCAAGUUUGUCCUCUUCCCCCUCAGCACAGAUGGAGAAUUUAAAGUUGAAAGAGCAGAAGAAUUUGGAGGAAACCAAAUAUUUACCAAGUUUGAGGAUUUACAAGAAGCAUUUAGAAAGGAGGAGCUGCACCCCGGGGACCUGAAGGCAGCGGUGGAGGUCUACCUCAACCGGAUGCUUGAGCCCAUCAGGAAGGACUUCGAAGCCCAAGAACUCAAGAAGAUCACUGCCAAGGCCUACCCAGUUGUCAAAACAAAAGCACCCAAGGGAGGGGCAGCGUCCCAGCAGACAGAGGAGAUCAUCCCCUCCAGACUCGAUCUUAGAGUCGGCAGAAUCACAGAAGUCUGCAAGCAUCCUGAUGCAGACAGCCUGUACAUGGAGACGGUGGACCUGGGGGAGGAGGGGUCGACACGGACGGUCAUCAGCGGCCUGGCCGGUCUCUACCCCAUGGAGGACUUGAAGGACAGGCUUGGAGUGUUCCUGUGCAACCUGAAGCCUCAGAAGAUGCGGGGCAUCGAGUCGCAGGCCAUGCUCAUGUGUGCCUCGGUGGAUGAUCCCCGGGCCGUGGAGCCUCUUGACCCCCCUGAGGGCAGCGCCCCAGGGGACAGGGUGUUCGUGGAGGGUUACGAGAAGGGCACACCGGACGAAGAAUUAAAACCCAAGAAGAAAGUCUGGGAAAAAUUACAGCCGGACUUUUUAACAAGUGGAUCUUCUGUGGCAGAAUGGCAGGGUAACCCUUUGAUGACGAAACUUGGAACAGUCACUUGUAAAUCUCUUAAGUCAUCACCUAUUAAAUAAUGGAGGAAUA